AUGGCUACUGCUGUCUCAACCAUUGGAGCUGUCAACAGGGCACCGCUGAGCCUAAAUGGCUCUAGCAGCAGCGCUUCAGUUCCAAGCUCAACCUUCUUGGGCAGCAGCUUGAAGAAAGUGAACUCAAGAUUCACCAACUCCAAGGUUUCAUCUGGGAGCUUCAGGAUUGUAGCAGAGGUGGAAGAAGAUAAGCAGACCGACAAGGACAAAUGGAGAGGUCUUGCCUAUGACGACUCAGAUGACCAACAAGACAUCACAAGAGGAAAGGGCAUGGUCGACUCUCUCUUCCAAGCACCCCAAGAUGCUGGAACUCACUUCGCCGUCAUGAGUUCUUAUGAAUACAUCAGUACCGGGCUUCGCCAGUACAACUUGGACAACAACAUGGAUGGGUUUUACAUUGCUCCUGCUUUUAUGGACAAGCUUGUUGUCCACAUCACCAAGAACUUCAUGACCCUGCCUAACAUCAAAGUUCCUCUCAUCCUUGGUAUCUGGGGAGGCAAAGGUCAGGGUAAAUCUUUCCAGUGCGAGCUUGUCUUUGCCAAAAUGGGAAUCAGCCCCAUCAUGAUGAGUGCCGGAGAAUUGGAAAGUGGAAACGCAGGAGAACCCGCGAAGCUGAUCAGGCAAAGGUACCGUGAAGCAGCUGACAUAAUCAGGAAGGGCAAAAUGUGCGCACUCUUCAUCAACGAUCUUGAUGCAGGAGCUGGUCGGCUUGGUGGAACCACACAGUACACUGUGAACAACCAAAUGGUGAAUGCCACCCUCAUGAACAUUGCUGACAACCCAACAAAUGUCCAGCUCCCCGGUAUGUACAACAAGGAGGAUAACCCCCGUGUCCCCAUCAUUGUCACCGGUAACGAUUUCUCAACAUUGUAUGCUCCUCUCAUCCGUGACGGGCGUAUGGAGAAGUUCUACUGGGCGCCUACCCGCGAAGAUCGUAUUGGUGUCUGCCUUGGGAUCUUCAGGAGUGACAAUGUUGCUGCGGAAGACAUUGUCAAGCUUGUUGACACCUUCCCUGGCCAAUCCAUUGAUUUCUUUGGUGCACUGAGGGCCCGAGUCUAUGACGAUGAAGUGAGGAAGUGGAUUACAGGGGUUGGGGUUGACGGCAUUGGGAAGAGGCUUGUGAACUCAAAGGAAGGGCCCCCGACUUUCGAGCAGCCUAAGAUGACAAUCGAGAAGCUGCUUGAGUAUGGAAACAUGCUUGUCCAAGAGCAAGAGAAUGUGAAGAGAGUCCAAUUGGCUGAUAAGUACUUGAGCGAGGCUGCUCUUGGUGAUGCCAACUCAGAUGCUAUUGAUAGUGGAAAUUUCUACGGCAAAGCAGCCCAGCAAGUCAACGUUCCAGUUCCUGAAGGUUGUACUGAUCGAACUGCAGAAAACUUUGACCCAACUGCUAGGAGUGACGAUGGCACCUGCCUGUACACAUUUUAA